AUUUUCAGAUGGCGGACUUGUGUGCAGAAGUCUCUUCCGCCUUGGAAAGGCCUCCCUCCACCUCCAGCCGGAUGCCGGAUUGUGCAGGACAAAGGGACCCUCCCAGCUCCACAAGAGGUGAAUCACAACCAACACAUACUGGCUUAUCUCUUCCUUCUGAAGUAUGCAGCGCACCAAAUCAGGUGACCUUCCAAGAGGUGGCCGUGUCCUUCAGUGAGGAGGAGUGGGCCCUGCUGAAUCCGGACCAAAGGGCCUUGUAUCAGGAGGUCACGGAGGAAAUUCUGGAGACUUGGUCCUCUUUAACAACUCACAGAGAAGGGGAGUCAUCUCAAUACCGGGACUGUGGAGAGAAUCAGGAGCUGUGCCUCUCUCGUCAGCAAGCAAAGUCCACUGAGUGGAAGCCCUUCAAGUGCUUGGAGUGUGGAAAAUGUUUCUGUCACAAGCAAACCAUUGCUUAUCAUCAAGCAAUGCACAACAGAGAGAAAGAGUUCAAAUGUUUGGAAUGUCAAAAGUCUUUUAUCCGGAAGGAAGAUCUCACUUCUCAUCAAAAAAUUCACUCGGAGGGAAAACCCUUUAAAUGCUUGGAAUGUGGAAAGUCUUUUAUUCGGAAGGGUCAUCUCACUUCCCAUCAAAAAAUUCACUCAGGGAAGAAACCCUUUAAAUGCUUGGAGUGUGGAAAGAGUUUCACUCGUAAGCUAAGCCUCACCUAUCAUCAAGCUAUCCAUACUGGGAAGAAGCAAUUUAAAUGCUUGGAGUGUGGAAAGUCUUUUAUUCGGAAGGGAGAUCUCACUUCUCAUCAAAAAAUUCACUCGGAGGGAAAACCUUUUAAAUGCUUGGAGUGUGGAAAGUCUUUUAUUCGGAAGGGUCAUCUCACUUCUCAUCAAAUAAUUCACUCAGGGAAGAAACCCUUUAAAUGCUUGGAGUGUGGAAAGAGUUUCACUCGUAAGCUAAGCCUCACCUAUCAUCAAGCUAUCCAUACUGGGAAGAAGCAAUUUAAAUGCUUGGAGUGUGGAAAGAGUUUUACGCGGAAGCCAAGCCUCAUCUAUCAUCAAGCUACUCAUACUGGGGAGAAGCCAUUUAAGUGCUUGGAGUGUGGGAAGGGCUUCCGUCAGAAGACAAACCUAACCUAUCAUCAAGCUACUCAUACUGGGGAGAAGCCAUUUAAAUGCUUGGAGUGUGGAAAGCGUUUCACUCGUAAGUUAAGCCUUACCUAUCAUCAAGCAGUCCAUUCUGGGGAGAAGCCAUUUAAAUGCUUGGAGUGUGGCAAAAGUUUCAGUCGUAAGUUAAGCCUUACCUAUCAUCAAGCAGUACAUUCUGGGGUGAAGCCAUUUAAAUGCUUGGAGUGUGGGAAGGGCUUCAUUGAGAAGAAACGCCUGAUUUAUCACCAAGCUACUCAUACUGGGCAGAAGCCAUUUCAGUGCUUGAAGUGUGGAAAGCAUUUCACUCAUAAGUUAAGCCUCGCCUAUCAUCAAGCAGUACAUUCUGGGGAGAAGCCAUUUAAAUGCUUGGUGUGUGGGAAGGGCUUCAUUCAGAAGAUAAAGCUCACCUAUCACCAAGCUACUCAUACUGCGGAGAAGCCAUUUAAAUGCUUGAAGUGUGGAAAGCAUUUCACUCAUAAGUUAAGCCUCACCUAUCAUCAAGCAAUCCAUUCUGGGGAGAAGCCAUUUAAAUGCCUGGAGUGUGGGAAGGGCUUUGUUCAUAAGAGAAGCCUCACCUAUCAUCAAGCAGUCCAUUCUGAGGAGAAGCCAUUUAAAUGCCUGGAGUGUGGGAAGGGCUUCAUUAUUAAGAGAAGCCUCACCUAUCAUCAAGCUAUUCAUACUGGGCAGAAACCAUUUAAAUGCUUGGAUUGUGGAAAGAGUUUCACUACAAAGAAAAACCUCAUGUAUCAUCAAGCUACUCAUACUGGGGAAAAGCCAUUUAAGUGCUUGGAGUGUGGAAAGGACUUCAUUGAGAAGACAAGACUCACCUAUCAUCAAGCUACUCAUACUGGUCAGAAACCAUUUAAAUGCUUGGAAUGUGGGAAGGGCUUCGCAGAGAAGACAAGCCUCACCUAUCAUCAAGCUAUUCAUACUGGGCAGAAGCCAUUUAAAUGCUUGGAGUGUGGGAAGGGCUUCAUUCAGAAGACAAACCUCACCUAUCAUCAAGCAGUCCAUUCUGGGGAGAAGCCAUUUAAAUGCUUGGAGUGUGGGAAGGGCUUCAUUCAGAAGACAAGCUUCACCUAUCAUAAAGCAGUCCAUUCUGGGGUGAAGCCAUUUAAAUGCCUGGUGUGUGGGAAGGGCUUCAUUCAGAAGUCAAGACUCACCUAUCAUCAAGCUACUCAUACUGGUCAGAAACCAUUUAAAUGCUUGGAAUGCGGAAAGGGCUUCACUUCGAAGACAGGCCUUACCAAUCAUGAAGCUAUUCAUACUGGGAAGACACCAUUUAAAUGCUCUGAGUGUGGGAAAUGUUUUGCUCAGAAGAUAAGCCUCACCUAUCAUCAAGCUACUCAUACUGGGGAGAAGCCAUUUAAAUGCUUGGAGUGUGGGAAGAGUUACACUCAGAAGAUAAACCUCACCUAUCAUCAAGCUACUCAUACUGGGGAGAAGCCAUUUAAAUGCUUAGAGUGUGGAAAGGGCUUCAUUUCGAAGAUAAACCUCACCUAUCAUCAAGUGACUCAUACUGGGGACAAGCCAUUUAAAUGCUUGGAGUGUGGGAAAGGUUUCGCUCAGAAGAAAGGCCUCACCUAUCAUCAAGCUACUCAUACUGGGGAGAAGCCAUUUAAAUGCUUGGAGUGUGGGAAAGGCUUCAUUCAAAAGAGAAAUCUCAGUUGUCACCAAGCUACUCAUACUGGGGAGAAGCCAUUUAAAUGCUUGGAGUGUGGAAAGAGUUUCAUUCUGAAGACAAGGUUUACCGAUCAUCAAGCUACUCAUACUGGGGAGAAACCAUUUAAAUGCCUGGAAUGUGGAAAGGGCUUCCCUCACAGGAGAAGCCUCAAACAACAUCAAAGAAUCCACGCUGGAGAAAAACCAUUUCAACGCUUGGAGUGCGGAAAGGGCUCCCCACACAAUGCAAGCCUCACACAACAUCAAAGAAUCCACACUGGAGAAAAUCCAUUUCAAUGCUUGGAGUGUGGAAAGGGCUUCCCACACAAGGCAAGCCUCACCUAUCACCAAGCAAUCCAUUCUGGGAAGCAGCCAUUUAAAUGCUAGGAUUGUGGGAAGGGCUACCCACACAAGGCAAAGCUCACAGAACACUAAAAAAUCAAACUGAAGAGAAACCAUUUCCAAUGCUUGGAGUAUUAUAUAAGUUUCCAACAGAAGAAAAGCCAGCAUCUUCAUCAAGCAAAACACACAGGGGAAAGAACCCUUUAAAUGCCCGAUGUGCGGAAAGAUCUUUUGCCAGUAGAGACACCUUUCUUUGCCCUCAUCCAAACCAUGAGGAAACUGAACUUCUUUAAUACGAAAGAGAUGACUUUAAAAUUCUAUUUCUUUAUUGUUGUUUUUUCAGGAAUGACUGGAAUUUUUAAAAAUCAUUCUUUAUAGACAAACUGGCUUCUUUUGAUGAAAUAUCAAAAAAACACUUGCUGAAAAUAAGACAGAAGGACAAAAAAGAGAUUUCAGGCUAGACAAGAUUCAUGGCCAGGAAUAUGAAGUAUGGAUCUCAGGACUCCACUUUUUCUUUCCACAAAGGAGACUCAAAGCAGCUGUUCUCUUUGCUCUUCGAUGAGCAUGGAAAGAUGUCUGCUGUGGGUUAGACGGAUAGCCAGGCCCCUGUUCACUUUCCUAUGUUCUUUGAAUAAAGUUUAUUAUAACUUGUUAA